CACAGCCGAUCAUUCAGCUAUUCAGCUCUACUCGACAAGAUGAACGUAUACCAAGUUUUCGUGCUGGCUAUUCUGGGACUGGCCCUCAGCCCUGUAAAUGCACGUAACACUACUAAAGACAUUGCUUGUGGUCCAGGACGCUACUACAAUUAUCUUCGGAAUGUUUGCCUGCCGUGGUAGGGCUCAUUACAAAGUUUUUUAUGCCUAAAGAAUUCAAAAAUUAAGGUAAUAAAUGAACAAGCAAUAAA